UGUGCCUCUGUCAUUUCAGGAGCUGAACAGCAUGUGUUUGAUGUGAGUGUUUGGCCAGAAAAUCCGGUAGUGGAGCAUGGAGGAUCUCUCUGGCUGAACUGUAGUACCAGCUGCUGGGAAACUGGUGCCAGGGGAGGUUUGGAGACGUCGCUGAUCAAGGAAAGGGGAGACAAUGGGAGCAACUGGGCAGUCUUCCAGCUGGUUAACAUCACCGAGUGGGCGUCUUCCCCGGAGUGCUUCUUCAGCUGUGAUGGGAAGCAUAAAACUGUGAGGGCAAACAUCACGGUGUAUCGGGUUCCAGAGCUUGUAGAGCUGGAUCCGGUGCCAGUGAUGGAGGUGGGAGAGAACUACACCUUGACCUGCCGGGUUUCCAGCGUGGCCCCCAUCCGCAACCUGUCUGUGGCCUUCCUCCAAGGGGGGGAGAGACUGCACCUGCAGACUUUUGAGAAGCACGCUGCACGCGAAGCCAGUGAUGUUGUGGUGACCCACAUUGUAACUGCUCAGCAGGCUGACCGUGGGGAGGAAAUCAGCUGCCAUGCGGCCCUGGACUUGCGGCCGGAAGGGCAGCUCUUUGGACAGGCCUCCCUUGCUAAGCUCCUAAAUGUAUUUGCAUUCCCAAUGAAUCCCUGGCUCCAGAUCCCACCCCAUGUAGAGGCUGGUGGUGAAAUGACUGUGGAAUGUGAUGUGAUGGGAGUUUUUCCUGCCAAAGAUGCCCAGUUUGACCUAACCUUCAUGGGGACAAGACUGAACUUCAGUGUAACUGUGUCGGAGGAUACAGCCAGGGCUCAAGCGCGGGUGUCUCCUCUGAAUGCGGGAGAGGAGAAGCUGAAUUGCACCGUAUCCCUGGGGCCAGAGAUCAGAUCAGUGGUGGAACCAGUGAAUGUUUACAGUUUCCCAGCACCUUCCUUGGAAAUCCAUCCAUCUCCGGUCCUUGCAAACAAUUCCGUGACCGUUGCAUGUGAUUCUCUGGCUACCCAGCUACCAAAUGUUUCUCUUCUGAUAAAAAAUUCUUCUGGAGGAAUCCUGGCGUCUGGAGAUCAGCCCCCUCUGCAGCUCACUCUGCUAGUUCAGGAGGAAGACGACGGGAAUGAAUUGGUAUGCGAGGCAGCGCUGGUGAUAGGUGGAAAUACCAUCGUGAAGCACACGUCGGCCACUCUUAGUGUCUUGUAUGUGCCAGAAAUGGAUGAAUCCACUUGUCCUAGCAACCACACGUGGCUCGAGGGGACACUGCAAAUGCUCCACUGCAUGGCUAAGGGGAACCCCAGGCCGUCUGUGACUUGUGCUAAAGGCAGCGUGGUCCAUGCCACGGAAAUGGAGGAGCGGGUCACCCGGAACCACGAAGGCAUUUAUAAUUGCACAGCCUCAAGCGAGCUUGGCUCCAGCACCACAAUGGUCAACAUUCAAGUGGAAUAUGGGCCUCAACUGGGCGAAUCUCACUGCCCGAGCAACCAAAUAUGGGUGGAAGGCAACCUCCAGAUGCUUAGCUGCCAAGCUGAUGGGAUGCCAGUCCCUGAGGUCUCCUGUAUGAAAGAUGGUGUGAUAGCCAGUGUGGAGAGGCUGCAGAAUGCCACACAAAGCCAUGCUGGAGUCUAUCAGUGUAAUGCCACGAAUGUGCAUGGAUCGAGCAGCAAGACUGUCACCGUCAGGGUUGAGUAUGAGCCUGAAAUAGAUGAUUCCAGCUGCCCCUCUAACUGGAGUUGGCCAGGAGGGACAAAACAAACUUUUAUCUGCUCUGCACGGGGCAACCCAGAGCCGACAGUGGAGUGCACUAAAGAUGGUGUUGUGUACCACCUUGGAAUUCUCCAGCGCAUUGCCAGAGAACAUGCUGGCAUGUAUCGCUGCACAGCCACAAAUGUACAUGGCUCUGUCACUAAAGAUGUUAGCAUCCAAGUGGAGUAUGAGCCAGAAAUGGAUGAAUCCAACUGUCCAAGUAACUGGACUUUGGUAGAAGGGGCUCAGGUUGCCUUUGCCUGCAGAGCUGAAGGGGUACCGCCACCAACUGUUGUAUGCACCAAGGAUGGCAUAUUGUACCACCUGAGCCAAGGAGAGGAGAUCCCGGUCCAGAGUGGGAUCUUCUGGUGUAAUGCUACAAACCGCCACGGGACAGCAGCCAAGUCAGUGACCGUUGUGGUUGAAACCAAGCCUAAGAUGGAUGAGUCCACCUGCCCCAGCAACCAAACCUGGCUGGAGGGAUCUUUGCAAUCCUUGGCCUGCAAAGCCAACGGGACUCCCACCCCACUUGUCCUUUGCUUUAAGGAGGGAGCUACCGAGGAGAUCCAUCAAGAGCAGAAUGUCAGCAGGAAUGACUCAGGGGUCUACGAGUGCACGGCCAUUAAUGGUCACGGGACUCACAGGUGGACAGUGACUGUGCAGGUGGAAUAUAGGCCCACCAUCUCCUUUCUGGCUGUCAGUGCUUCUUUGCCCAUCAGAAGGGGAAUAAGCUUCAACGUCACCUGCCAUGCUGAUGGGUCUCCGGCAGUCGUUUACACUUGGAGGGUGCCUCAGGCCUCCAACCUCAACUAUGUUGGCUACAACGACACAGUGACUGUAACUGAUGCAGGUGGACACAACAGUGGCGUCUAUGAGUGCACAGCCAGCAAUAAACAUGGACAACACCUGAGCCAAGUGGAAAUCCAGGUGGAAGAUCAUUGGCUAUAUAUUAUUGUCGUCGUUGCAAUCGCUGGUGCUGCCAUGUUGGUCCUGGGUGGAAUGGCGGGGCUGAUCUACUACCUCAAAUCCACAGCCUGUAAGAAAGGUGAGUAUAAUGUCCGUGAUGCAGAGAAUUCUACCGAAGCCACCUGUCUAAACCGUGAGAGGGCCUGUGAUGGAGAUAUCUAUGGCAUACAGCUUACUAGGACCUGA